AUGGACAGCUUGACCAAGAUGUUCUCGCUGGCGGGCAAGACGGCCGUCGUGACGGGUGGUACACGAGGUAUCGGCGCUGCUAUGGCGAUUGCCUUGGCCGAAGCUGGGGCUGAUAUCAUUCUCGUCCAGAGGGACGAAAGCAACAGAAAAACACACGACCAGAUCCAGCAAAGAGGCCGCAAAGUCACCAUUACCACAGCAGAUCUCACCAACCAGGAAGCCGUAUCGAAGCUCAUCCCCGAUCUCGUCAAGGCGGGCCACGACAUGCACAUCCUCGUCACAUGCGCAGGGAUCCAGAAGCGGCAUCCCGCACAUCAGUUUCCCCUGGACGACUGGAACGCGGUGCUACAAGUCAAUCUGACUACGGUGUUUACAUUAUGUCGAGACUUUGGCGCCUAUCUCUUGUCCAAGCCAGUGCCGGCCUCCGGUGCCAGAGGCGCAAUCAUCAACGUCGCGUCCCUGUUGACUUUUCAGGGCGGAUUCACCGUCCCUGCGUACGCGGCAUCGAAGGGCGGUGUCGCACAACUCACGAAAGCGUUGAGCAAUGAAUGGGCAAAGGAGGGCAUCAAUGUCAAUGCGAUUGCGCCAGGCUAUAUCGAGACGGACAUGAACGAGGCGUUGAUUGCGAACGAGACCCGGGCGAGGCAGAUUUUGGAGAGAAUCCCCGCGGCGCGAUGGGGGACGCCGGAGGACUUUAAAGGCGCGGUGGUGUUUUUGGCCAGUGAAGCGAGUAGGUACGUCAGUGGAGAGGUGCUCACAAUUGAUGGUGGGUGGAUGGGACGGUGA